AUGAAAAAAUAUUUGUCAACUGAAAAAAGUAAGCAAAAAGAAUUAUCACAACCUAAAACUUCUAAAGAAUCAUCUUCAAGUAGAAAACAUGAAGUAAAACAUUGCAAAUAUAGAAAUAACCCAGACCCAAAAUGGAUGGAUAAUA